CUCUCAUUUCAUUGUACUUCAAAAUGGGAAAUUCGUUUGAAACAUUGUCUAAAAAUGUCAAUGAAAGAUUGGACAGGGGCCAGAAACGAAAACGAGAACCAGAUGACCAAAAUGUCAACGACAAUAAUACAGUCGAUUUGCACACUCCAAAACGGAAACGGUCUCAGUCAACAUCCAAGUACAUCUACGACACUCUUUUUCUCAAGAGCCAAAAUAGUGAUGUCAAAAUCGUAGCCCUUGGAAGGGAAUGGCUGCUUCAUAAAGUGUACCUAUCACAGUCCAGCUACUUCUCGAGCAUGUUCAGUGGCCCAUGGAGUGAAUCUUCCCAGAAUACCAUUCAUAUUGACAUCACUGACCAAAACAUUAAUGAAAAUGGUCUGAAAAUAGCUUUUGGUUCUCUGUACAAAGAUUAUGUGAUCAUGAAGCCGGUGGAAGUGAUCAACGUGUUAGCGGCGGCCUCACUCUUCCUACUUGAUGGUUUAAUUCAGCAGUGUGUCAGCUUGAUAAAAGAAUCUAUAAGUGUCAAAACCGUGUGCACCUAUUACACAGCGUCACAGAUGUAUGUUCUGCCAGAAAUAGAAACACUCUGCUUUGACUGGCUGCUUCACAAUCUGAUGUAUCAGAGGGACUACACACUGCUGAGAGAAAUAAGUGAGACCCUGAUGGAGGUGUUGAUCAGCUCUCCGGAUCUGUUUGUUUUACAGGUGGAGAUGGAUGUGUACAGCCUCAUGAAACGGUGGAUGUUUAUGCACUGUAAACCGUCAUGGGAAGGUAACUCUGAGCACCUAGCCGAUGAAUCGGAACAGUUCUUCAAGUCACGUAUACAAGGUAACCAAUGUUUCCUCGAGUGUCCGGAAGGUAAACCGUUUGUUGGCGUAUUCCAAGCUUUGAGGUGGCAACAUAUUGUUCUGGACAUUGCGUCCAUCCGACUAAUAGAAAACGACAGAGUCAUUCCAAAAGCCUGGCUGGAAUCAUUCUACAAGUACCAGUGGAUGCAUGUCCUCCAGCUAGAACAGGGUAAAGAUGAUGGACCUAAAAAUGUGGAGAAAGAAACAUUCCUUUCUCGUGCCAUGCGAUGUGGACGAGUUUUGGCCAAAAAAGACACGUUUUGCUGGAGAUGGGUUGGCUACAGCUACGGUAUAGACCUGAUCAUCACCUUUCAAAACCGAUUGCUGUCGAUCAAAAGGAGUAUGACUUGUGAAAACUACACAGGUUCCAUAACAACGCAGUACAGUAGAAACAUCUGUAUUAGGCUGACACUUGCAUCACUAACAUCCGAUGGACAUGUGCACAAUCUAACAACAACAGAUUUCAAGAAAAUUAAUCUGAAAAAAGAUGAGACAGUAGUUUUAAUUGCGGUAGGUACAGAAUUCAAGUUCCCGAUGUUCAUCUCGAUGAACGUUUUGUUUACAACUCCCAUGUCCAGCAUCCCACUACCUCGGUUAGAAAUGCCAGUAUCGACAGACGUGCUCACCACGUGUACACAGACUGAGCCACAUGACACUCAAGAGGAAGAGGCGGUGGUGCCGAGGACGAUAUCUCACGGAGAUCUCACUGAGGUGGAUGUCUUCCAGAUACCAGACGAUGAGGAAGAUAUUCCCGAGGAAGAUAUUCCCGUGACGAUGUCAUCUUCCACAGCCAGCUUAAAUACACGGAACCUAACAUCAGCUUCCACAGCAAGCUUAAAUACACGGAACUUAAGGACGUCAUCUUCCACAGCCAGCUUAAACACACGGAACCUAACGACGUCAUCUUCCACAGCCAGCUUAAACACACGGAACCUAACGACGUCAUCUUCCACAGCCAGCUUAAACACACGGAACCUAACGACGUCAUCUUCCACAGCCAGCUUAAACACACGGAACCUAACGAUGUCAUCUUCCACAGCCAGCUUAAACACACGGAACCUAACGAUGUCAUCUUCCACAGCCAGCUUAAACACGCGGAACCUAAUGACAUCAUCUUCCACACCCAGCUUAAACACAUGGAAAUGUUUAGGUCAAACAAGUGAAAGAGCAAAUCACAAUCAAGGAGAUUCUUCUUAAAAAAAGAGAUUUUAUUUUAAUAAAGUUGUUUUUUGUUUUA